GUUUGUGCACUACAAUUUGGGAGGAAAAACUCAAGUCAGAAUUGGAACAUGGAGUACCCUUGCCCCAAAUGGAGGCACUGUACCACUUCCUGCCUGUGGAUUUUUGUUAAAAUCAAGUUUAAUGAUGGGGCGGGGGGGGAAUCCCAACACCUGUGUUCUGCCACAUGAUGUAGUGCUGUAAAAACUUUUUUUAACACUGCUUAAAACCUUUUUUUUCAUCCCAUAAAGGGCUUUAACCCAAAAGUUGAUGGUGCUAGUACGUUUUUAAUAUUUGUUUGUCUGAAAUGGGCUAGCCUUUUGCUACUGUUUAAGACAGCCUGUUGUUUUUCAUGGAGUGUGUGUCUGUCUUCAGGCCCUGUCCUGUCAUCAUAUUGUCUUUUUUUAACAUAACAUUUUUACUGCAGUGGUAUUCUUGCACAGAAUGGUGACAGGAUAUGGCCUUAAUAUUGAUUUUACUUUUUUUUCUUUUUGUGUGGAGUGUUCAUUCUGUCUCCACUAAAGUACAGUGCUGUGUGCAGAGUUGGCAUGUGCUCCAGUAAUUUGGAAAAGUGUGGCUUAACUUUACAAGUUGUUUUUCUUUUCCCCCUGCAAUCAAGCCCUGAAAUACCUUCUAUUUCAUUCUGAUAUAUAAUGUGAAAAUUUGCACUACUGAGCUGUCUUCGCUAUCCAGUGUAUUAAAGCAAAAUUGACAGUAAGUGUCCAUGGCUUAAAGAAUCUUAGAUGUACAUUUAGAAUAGGGACCCAAUAUAUUGCAACACUUUUCUCUAUGUAUUUAACACUCAGCUUAUUUUUAAGAACUAAAUGAGUUCAGAGUUCAGCCUCUACUUCAGUAGUGAAAACUGGAUUUAAAAGGGAAAAGACGAAUCCUAAAACUCAAUCAGCUGUGACUUGCCAGGUUUAAUUUGUUACAGCUCUAAUUUUUGCAGAGCUGCAAGUAUGUUAUCUUACUCUUCCCUAUUUUCUCUAAUUCACCUAAGUAAACCAGUUAACUUGAAAUGGCAGUGGCCAUCACUGGCUGUAAGUGCUUACCAUUAUCUGGCUUAACAGCUGAUAUUUCAGUAAGCCAAAUAUUUAGCUCGUUGUUUAUCCCCCUGGCAUGGCUGAGGAUUUGGAUAAUGUUUGUUUACUAUGUGGUCUUACUGUUCCCAAAUGGAAUCUUUCUAAUACACGAAAAUACUCGCCUGGUUCUACUUCUUAAUUCUUGCACAAAAAGUUUAAAAGGCAAAAACAAACAAAAAACUGUGAAAUGAAAAGAAAAAAAAAUGCCUCUUUGCAUUACAUACCUCAUCUUCCAGAGAUUCACCAAACCGCUCCUUUCAAAUGCGAGCGCCUGAUUUUUUUCUGAAGUUGACAAUUCUUGCUAAGACUGCAUUUUCCAACAGUGUUGAGGUGUGUUGUUUCUUUGUUUAGUUUUCUUCUGGAUACUGUUUUUUAUAUAUCCAUAGCCAAGAAUAAGAGUUUUUUUUUUAAAAGUACAACUAAUUUCAUUUUUUAAAUUAUCCUUAGUCUUUGGCUAGCUCUCUUUGGCGCUGUUGUAGGCCUCUAGCUGCAAGCUUUCUGAAGCACCCUCCCUAACAGUGUUGCAUUUGUGUGUAAAACCAUUUUUUUUGCAAAGUGUUGUGUAACUUUUUUUCUUGUUUUUUGUUUUUGUUUUGUUUUUUUUUUUAGCUUGGUUGAAUAUUUACAAGACUUCUUGCUGCUUUUUGACAAUCUUCUAUAUUUAUUUAGUAGAACAAAUUUCAAUAUAUUACUUGAAACUAUGAAAUAGAAUUGAGUUAGCAAUUGACUGGUCAUGUGAUGUAUAGAAGUACAAUAUGCUGUGGUUAAUUCUGCAGUAGGUUUGUUAAUUUUGUUUAUCUGCACUAAAGUACGAAGAUCUCCAUUCUGUUUAACCAUUCAAGCUGAGGGUGUGAUCCAAGUCUGUAAUGUGUUUAAAAGCUAAAUCCUGGAACUUGCCGUGGGAGUAGAAUAUACUAAAUCUUGUGCAUGAGGAGUUUGUUGAGACAAGUAACGUAGCUGUGACAUUUUGCCAAUUCUUAAAUGCUUCUACGUUUUGCUGGAAGUCAGAUUCCUGGUAAAGUUUUGCUUUAGUCAGGCUUAAGUAAACUUGCACAGCACAAAAAAAGAAAUAAUUGCACCAAAGGUACUGAUAAUAUUUAAACAGUAAUCUGUACAUUUUCCCCACUUGGUAUUUUUUCUGCAUUCAUUUACUUCCCUUUAUUAAAUGAAUUUCUAGCAUUGUAAGGACUAACGUGAGUGUAAAUCUCUUUUCCAAAAUUAUUAGUUACUUUAGAAAGAAACAUUUUGUAAUUUCCACUUGAUUCCAUCAGUAAAAAUUUAGCAUAACUAAAAGCAGUUUUGGUGCACCAAACAUGCAGUGUGUGUAUGUUCUACAAGAAAUCGAAGAGCUCCCUGUUCGUAAGGCUGUUUAGAAAUGGCAUCCAACAUUCAGUGCUCAGGCGACGCAGUCUUCCUUCCCCUACCCUUCCUCCCCACCUGUGGCUGGAGCUGACGUCAUGGCAGGAAUGUCAAGCAGGGGCUUCCAGUCUGAUAAACUCCUUCCAUCACUGGGAAGACUUCUCCAGAGAAAUUAGCCAGCAGAACAAAGGCACGCUUGCCCUUCUGCGUUCCUGUCCGGAUCUGCAAUUGUUCUGUUAAGAACCAAGGACACGUCCUCUCGAAGACCUAGCCAAAAAAGUGAUGAAGCCAGCACAGAGGAGUAACAGAUUUCUUCAAACAUUCUGAAAAGUUCAGGGGCAGGAAUGUUUGGGAUAACCUGAAAUCAUAAGGUUUUCCACUCCUGAAAAAUACACAAUGAAGCAUUUAGCCUAAAAACAGAAGCACUGUGGCAAGUGCUUCUCUCCAGAGGGACGGGCUGAGCCACUGUGACAGGGGCAACCUAUAGAAGCCACCUUCCAAGGUGAGACACUGAGCUGCCAGCUGGAUGUGGAAGAGCAAAUGGAGGCAUUAACUUCAGUUCUGAAUGAGGUCUGUCCCUGAACAUGGAAGCCAUGGGAGUAUUUUGAGGGGCUUCAGGAAGUGGUUUUCUUUGCUCUGAAAUCCGGAUUGAUCAUGUCUCCUCCAGCCCCUUCAGACCUGGGCUAUGUACCCCCUGACGGCGGAUGGGGCUGGGCAGUGGUGUUCGGAGCCUCCAUCUCCGUUGGAUUUGCGUAUACCUUUCCUAAAGCAUUCACAAUAUACUUUAAAGAGCUCCAGGCUGUUUACAGCAUCUCCUACAGCCAGAUUGCCUGGAUAACAUCCAUCAUGUGCGCUACCACCUAUGGAGGAGGUCCCAUUAGCAGUAUUUUAGUAAACCGCUAUGGCAGCCGACCCGUGGUUAUAUUUGGAGGCCUGCUGUGUGGCAUCGGGAUGGUGUCAGCCGCCUUCUGCACCAGUAUCCUGCAGCUCUACAUCUGCGUGGGCUUCAUUACAGGAUUCGGCCUUGCUCUCAACCUCCAGCCAUCAGUGAUAAUCAUAGGCAAAUACUUUUUAAAGAGAAGACCUAUCGCAAAUGGCCUUGCUAUGGCAGGGAGCCCGGUGAUGCUUUGCACCCUGGCUCCUCUCAACCAGUUCCUUUUUGACAAUUUUGGCUGGAGGGGCAGCUUUUUAAUACUUGGGGCAAUUUUAUUAAACUGCUGUGUGGCAGGAGCCCUCUUCAGACCCAUCGGGACAGCCACAGUAUCAGUCAAAACUCAGGUGACUGAGGAAGGGAAGGAUGGUCUGAAAGAAGAGGUCACUAAGGAUGCCAUGGAAAUGAAUAAUCCUGGGAACGUCCCCCUGGACACCAAAACAGAAGAGGAAGGAGGAAAGGACUGUUGUGAAAAAAUCAAUCAGUACCUUGAUUUUUCCCUCUUUAAGCACAGAGGGUUCUUGAUUUACCUGAUCGGAAACGUGCUCAUGUUCCUGGGAUUUUUUGCCCCCAUUGUUUUUUUGGCACCUUAUGCAAAGCACAUCGGCAUUGAUGAAUAUUCAGCUGCUUUCCUCCUUUCGAUCCUUGCUAUCGUGGAUAUGAUUGCCCGACCUACCACUGGCAUCAUUGCAAACAGCAAGUGGGUGAGGCCACGGAUUCAAUACUUUUUCAGCUUCUCCAUUGCUUUCAAUGGUGCCUGCCACCUUCUGUGCCCACUGGCUUCUGGCUACACGGGGCUCGUAGUUUACUCUGUCUUUUUUGGCUUGGCCUUCGGCAUGGUUUGUGCCAUGCUCUUUGAAACCCUCAUGGAUCUCGUGGGAGCUGCCCGCUUCACGAGUGCAGUUGGUCUGGUCACCAUCGCGGAGUGCUGCACGAUAUUGCUGGGACCACCCAUCGGAGGAACUCUUAUCGAUACCUUUGGGGACUAUAAAUACAUGUUCAUUAAAUGUGGAGCUGUGAUGGUCCUGGCAGGAACCUUCCUGUUCAUCAUGAAUUAUUAUAAUUAUCGUAUGCUUGCCAAGGAGGAGAAGGAAAGGAAGGCAAAAGAAGAGGACCCUAAAUCUGUAAGGACAGAAAAUGAAGGCAGAAAUAACUGGAACAAAGAAACCAUACAGGACAAGCCUGAGCUGGAACCUUUGAGAGAGGAACGAGAAGGACUAAAGAAGGAAGCGAAUGGCACAAAUGAAGUUUAAACCUAUUCUUGUGGGCUGAAUGGGAUGUUACUUCUGGGUUGCUUAAGUUACCACUAGCUGUGAAAUCACACUAGGUUUUUAAAUUUUGCCCUAUGCUGUGCCAUGUGCAUCUUCUUCUUUGUUGUAGGAGAAGACUAGAAGAGAAGUAAGUCUAGUUUCUUAUAAAGUGCUGGGACGUGCAGUGCAGUAUCCAUUUGCAUACCAAAGGUCCUGCGACGUUUUUCUUCAGGUAUGUCCCAUUUCCCAGAAGCGCCGAGUAAGGGUGCAGCUGACACCCUGCUUUUAUUCUGUCUCCUACAGCUCUACUCAGUGAAAAGGCCAGUGGCCAUCAGAGUCAAUGCAGAGCCCUUCCAGCAGCCUGAAUGGGCUUUGCACUGAGUACUGUUGGUGGCUGGAUCUUCUCUCCGUGCAGUCAAAACUCUGACUGCAGUGUCAGAAUUAUCCCAGGGACUUGGUGUUGCUUUCCCCUGGCAGCUACACUGUGAUUUGUACCUCUGUCUCACGGAAAUGUAAAAUAGCCCUUACACUCAUCUUAAAUACAACCCAAGAGAGCUGCUUGGACAGACUGAGGGCAGUACAUGCCUGCGUGCAUGUGGCAACAAGGCAGCCUGUCCCUGUGGCUGGAGCAUACUAGGAAGGAACUAACUUGAGGGGAUCCUCAUGGCUUGACCAGGGACUUUCUCAGGGACCUCUGCAUUCAGCAAAGUACCGUGAGAAAGGUGGUGUUAUGCAGGGGGCCAGCACAAGGCCAACAUGUUACAGGAGUCCUUUUUCUGUGCAGGGCAAAAACUUGGUCUUUAAGAUCCACAUUCAAACAGUGCAAAUUCUUUAAAAUUUUCCCUAGGAGGUUACAAAGUCCUUGUUAUCCAAUAUCUGAGCACCUUACCAUUUUUAGCAUGCUUUUUCUUUACAACGCUCUGGUGAGGCAGGGUUGUUACUAUUAAUUAAUUGUAGAAGUGAAGAACUGAAGCACAGAGGAGCUAUGGGCAUCAUUGCUUCAGUGAAUAAAGCUUAGGCAUGCCGUAGCCGAAAUGAGAUUCCCUGCCCUGAGUGAGGUACCUGAAAGCCCUGCUGAGCACAGGUAUUCCCCUGUUAAAAGAUAGGAAAUACCACGGAUAGUUGUGCAUUAAACCACAGCCCUCUGCAGCGCAGCCUGCUUUCCUUGUGCUUCUUACUACUCAGGAUGAAUGAUUUUAGCACUGCUUAGAGCUGUGACCUUGUGCCAUAUUUUUUUAACCUGGUUAAGUUGUGCCCAAUCUGGAGGGAAUCCAACCACAGCCACCCUCCCCUGCCC